GACAGCAGCUAAUUUCAUAAGAAUAUUUUUGUGUGUUUUCUUUUAUAAUUUUCUCCCAACAAGUCGACCGACCAAAACCGUGCGUCGACUGAACCGACCAAAUAAUCUCCCACCAACAAAAUAACAACAGAAACAAGAAACAAUACAAAAAAAGAAAGAAACGAAACGAAGGAAAAGAAGAACCAUCAAACUUCGAUUAAUGAAGAAACCUUUCAAAAGACUUCGGAAUUUCUGAGACCAAACUCGAGGCCAAAACUUGAAACCAUUUGUCCAAACAACAGGAUUUGCUGACGUCGUUGUCUUCUUGUUUUUCGCCCAAAGUCUCUCAAAUCAAACAAACAACCUAUAGAAACAAAUAAGACUCCGGAAUCAAAUAAACCAAAACGACGACUCUGACGACGGUGACGACGACGUCGACGAGAAGAAAGCAACAAAAUUCGCCAAUGAGAUGAGAAUAAGGUAAAAGAUGAAUAUUAAGCUCGCUGCUGCUGUUGAUCAUAGUCGACGCGAACGCCACAUCAGAAACAGUAACGGAAUCACGUUUACGCCACCAGCACUACAAUCUUCUUCUGCCGUCUUCGCCGAGGUUCGCGUUCGCGGUUAAUUUGCAUUUCAAUCCGUAACUAUUUUGUGCCAUGAAGUGCGGCUUCUCCGUCAGCCAAGCUGAGCCUGAGCCUGAGACUAAGCAAAGUGUUGUGUGUAUGUCGACUGCCUGUAUCGCCGCCCUGAUACAAAGCAAAUUACUCUUUCUUCUUCAUCAUCAAACUCAAAGAAACAACUACUGACCAAUUGAUAAACAACUUUACAACAACUUCCUAUUCCCACCUCAAAACUACGACUACGUCUAAGUCUACAACGACAACGUGAACAUUCUAAAAUUAGUUUUUAAGUAGAAAGUGUGUGUGAUUGAUUGUUUAAGUGAGUGCGAGUGCGAGUAAGUGAGAGCUGGAAAAUGCUUCCGAGAUUCCGACGUUCGUUCUACGGCAAGCUGAUCAUCUUGUCAGUGGUCGUGUCUUUCUUCCUGCUGUACCUCAGAGUCAUCAGUUUGAAUUUGGCUGAAGAUGCUAUUGAAGCACGAAACAGGCUGCUUCUAGCCACUCCGGCAGCUCUACAGAACCCGGAUAUUGUGCUGGAAGACAAUUCCAUCGUGACGCCAUUCAUCUAUCCCUCAGAAGAGAACAUCUACGAGAAGCAAAUUAGGGAGGACCUAGCCAAACAGGUGGCUGGCCUGGGCGACGAAGGACGAGCUGUUCUUCUAGACGGGGACGAAAAGAUUCGCGGCGAUGAGGUCUAUGAGAAAAUCGCCCUCAAUGAGGUGCUCAGUGAGAAGCUCUCCUACAACCGCACCACCCCGGAUUCAAGGCUGCCCAUGUGCGCUAACAUCAAAUACGACUUGAACGACCUCCCGACCACCAGUGUCAUCAUCAUUUUCUUCAACGAACCGUAUUCGGUUCUGCUGAGGACAGUCCACAGUGUCCUCAACACCGGGGACUCCCGGAUUCUAAAGGAAAUCAUCCUGGUCGAUGAUGGCAGCACCAACGAGGAACUAGGCGGUAAGCUGGAUUACUAUGUGACGACACGCCUUCCCAAGUCAGUUGUUCAUGUGCUGCGUCUCAAAAACAGACUUGGUCUUAUUCGAGCCCGAUUGGCAGGAGCUCGAAUCGCCACUGGUGAUACUUUGAUAUUCCUCGAUGCCCAUUGUGAGGGAAUCGUUGGUUGGAUGGAACCAUUAUUAUCGCGAAUCAAGGAAUCUCGCACAUCGGUGCUGGUUCCUAUUAUCGAUGUUAUAGACUCAAAAGACUUCCAAUAUUGUACAAACGGUUAUAAACAAUUCCAAGUAGGUGGUUUCCAAUGGAAUGGUCAUUUCGAUUGGAUUAAUGUUCCUUCACGUGAAUAUGCGCGCAUCACAAGAGAAUGUGACAGGCCUUUAGAAGUUUGUCCAACAUAUAGUCCGACCAUGGCUGGUGGAUUAUUUGCCAUUGAUCGACAAUAUUUCUGGGAAGUUGGAAGUUAUGAUGAACAGAUGGAUGGAUGGGGUGGUGAGAAUCUUGAGAUGUCCUUCAGAAUUUGGCAGUGUGGUGGUACAAUUGAAACUAUUCCAUGUUCUCGAGUUGGACAUGUUUUCAGGGAUUUCCAUCCUUAUGCGUUUCCUAAUGACCGUGAUACUCAUGGUAUCAACACCGCCCGAAUGGCCCUUGUCUGGAUGGAUGAAUACAUUAACUUAUUCUACAUGAAUCGUCCGGAUUUGAAGUUCCAUCCUGACAUCGGCGAUGUUACUCACCGAAUUAUGCUGCGUAAGAAACUACGCUGCAAGAACUUCGAAUGGUACCUCAAAAAUGUCUAUCCCGAAAAAUUCAUUCCAACAAAAGAUGUGAUUGCUUUUGGAAAGGUAAGAGCAAUGAGUCGCAAUUUAUGCCUUGACGAUUUGCAGCAAAACAACGAGAAGCCAUACAAUCUCGGUGUUUUCUUCUGCGGAACUCCCAUAACAAAAUCUCAAUUCUUCUCGAUAACCAAUGACGGUGUGCUGCGCAACGAACUCAGCUGUGCAACGGUACAGCGAAGUGAUUCGCCUCCCUUCAGAGUGGUUAUGACUCCGUGCUUCGAUAAAACAGACUUUAACGAACAUUGGGAGUAUGCAAAUGACAAAUUUGUCCAUAUUAAAACUGGACUCUGUCUGGAUUAUCGGGGCCUUAAGAGUGCCGAUGAUGUUCAAGUGGCCACAUGUGAUACGGAGAGUGAGACUCAGAAAUGGUUCAUCGAACGUAAAUAGAUAAAUAUAUAAAUAGAUAGAGAUGGCUCUUAAAAGAGUGAUUAUUAUUUUGUUUAUUUUAUAAAUUAGAUAACUUUAUAGAUUUAUAUAUAUAAAAAAAGAAUAUAUGUAUUUUAUUUUUUAUUAUAACUGUCCAUUUUGCCUGUAAUAAAUUUUAUUAUAUGCUUAGGAGAUUUAUUGAGCUUUAAUCAUAAACAAAAUGUGAAUGUAUUACAUAUUGUCAAAUGCAUCACUUAAACUGAAGUCAAACAACAAAAAUCAAAUAUUAUAUAAAAUUCGUUAGCGAUUCCUAAAUAAAUACAAAAAAAUAUAUAUAUAUAUCUACUUUAAAAAAUUAAAAACAAAAAUAAAUAUUGGGAAUUGAGAGCGGAUUAGAUAAACAAACAUUCCUCUCUCUCACAACAAACAACUAACUAAAACUAGUCUUUAUUGGCAACUACUUUAUAUAUUAAAUAAAUAUAAAAAUAUAACAAAAAUAUAAGAUUUUUUUAUACAAGUAAUUUUUUUAUACGAAUAUUAUAAAAUGAAAAAUUUAAUAAUUCCAAAAUUAAAACAAUUUAACAAAAUCGUAGUUAGGUUCUGUAAAUUUUUUUAAAUAAUAUAAAAAUAAUUAAAAUUACUAUGACAAGAAUUUAUAAAAACAGAAAAAAGAAAAUUGCAUUAUUUAUUAAUCGCUGGAUAUUUAGAAUGAUAUGAAAAUAAAAAAAAAGUAAACUGAA